AUGGGCAUGCUCAGUACAAGCCGCUGAGCUGCAGUCCGUGUUGUACUUACUGACCGCAUCAGCUGGCAUCUUAUGGGAAUAACCGUCACUUGCGAUAAAAUUAUAUUCAUUUUAACAAAGACAGACCGCUACUUAUUCCGCCAUUUUCACCCUACUCUCCCUAAACCACAUCGUUUAUACACUACCCGUCUGAGGGAGGAUCAGCAAACAUGUUCUACACCUGUGGUCCCAACGAGGCUAUGGUGGUGUCAGGGUUCUGUCGUUCUCCUCCAAUGAUGAUAGCUGGAGGCCGAGUGUUCGUCGUUCCGUGCAUUCAGCAGAUACAGAGGAUCUCCCUGAACACUCUGACUCUGAAUGUGAAGAGCGAUAAAGUCUACACCCGCCACGGGGUGCCGGUCUCUGUAACCGGGAUAGCCCAGAUGAAGAUCCAGGGUCAGAAUAAACAGAUGCUGGCUGCAGCCUGCCAAAUGUUCAUGGGGAAGUCAGAGGCCGAGAUUGCUCACAUCGCCUUGGAGACGCUGGAGGGACACCAGCGGGCCAUCAUCGCCCACCUGACUGUUGAGGAGAUCUACAAGGACCGAAAGAAGUUCUCAGAGCAGGUUUUUAAGGUGGCUUCUUCUGACCUGGUCAACAUGGGCAUCAGCGUGGUCAGCUACACACUCAAAGAUGUUCAUGACGAUCAGGAUUAUCUGCAUUCACUGGGGAAGGCUCGAACAGCCCAGGUUCAGAAAGACGCUCGCAUUGGAGAGGCCAAGAACAAGAGAGAUGCUGUGAUCAGGGAGGCCCAUGCAAUGCAGGAGAAAAUCUCGGCUCAGUACAAGAAUGAGAUCGACAUGGCAAAGGCCCAGAGGGACUAUGAGCUGAAGAAGGCAGCCUAUGACAUCGAGGUCAACACUAAGAAGGCUGAGUCAGAGAUGGCCUACCAGCUGCAGGUAGCGAAGACGAAGCAACGUAUUGAGGAGGAGAAGAUGCAGGUCCAGGUGGUUGAGCGGGCGCAGCAAAUCAUGCUGCAGGAGCAGGAGAUCACCCGCAGGGAGAAGGAGCUGGAGGCCAAGGUGAAGAAACCUGCAGACGCUGAGAGGUACCGCCUGGAGAGACUGGCUGAGGCUCAGCGUCUUAAGUUGAUCAUGGAGGCAGAGGCCGAAGCUGAGUCCAUCAGGAUUAAAGGUGAGGCUGAGGCAUUUGCAGUGGAGGCCAAGGGUCGCGCUGAGGCAGAGCAGAUGUCAAAGAAGGCAGAGGCCUUCCAGCAGUACAAGGAUGGAGCCAUGGUGGACAUGCUGCUGGAAAAACUGCCUCUGAUGGCAGAAGAGAUCAGCAGACCUCUGUGUGAAGCCAGCAAGGUUACCAUGGUGUCCAGUGGAGGCGGGGAGGUGGGCGCAGCCAAACUCUCAGGAGAGGUGCUGGAAAUCAUGACCCGCCUCCCUGAGACGUUGGAGAAACUGACCGGAGUCAGCAUCUCCCAGGGGACAGAAGAACUCAACACUGACACACAUACAGUCCUGGCAUUUUAUCACCAUGUUCAUGGAUAAUGUGUCAGCAAACAGCCUAUUUACAGAUCCAGCUGACCCGGAGCAAAUUUAUGAUUCCAUUGGAUCUGGGUCCCUGGCCAUAGAUUGAACAUCUAGCAGCUUUUCUGUCAGCUAGUUGCUAACUCCGCCAUUUGGAAUUGGGCAGGUAGCAUACAAUGGUUUUAUCAGAGCUGCUUGAUGCUGUUGGAAAUGGGGGUUGAUCAGAGCAGUAAGACUUAACCAGUAAAUGGGCUUAAAAACUCUGUAGAGCUGCAGAGUUAGGUUAUAAUGCUUUGAGAUUUUGUUGCCACUUAUUAAUAUAAAAAAUGAUAAAUGAAACUUCAAGAAGGACCUCUCUCUCUUUCCCUUUGUCCCUCCAUUCUGCAGGUGACCUCUCGUACUGACUGAAGACAAUCAACCAGUCUGGCUGCCAGGCAGAUUCACUCUCCCUCUGUCUUAUCAGCUGCCUGGACUCUCUGCAUGAGUCUGCUAACAGCCUCUUUCCUCUACUCCCAUUCCUGUGUUACAUCAUCUGUAUAGCUGUUUCCCUCAUGUAGCUCUGUCGACAUCUGUGUUGUGAAAAUGGCAUACACUUUGUGUUUUUUCUUCUUGUUUAUUGUUUUUGGUCACUGAUACCCAGCUCUAUCUGAGCUAAAGUAUUGUGCUCCUCUGGCUACAGUUGUUUUUAGAUAGUCUAUAUGUCCAAAGCAUUUAAAUUACACUAUUUCCCACAUAUUUUCUUUUCAAAAUUUGGGCCUGUGACUUGAUUUACAUUAGCUUGACCAGACUUUAAAAUGCAUCGAAACAAGCAACAAAUGUAACAGUAGCCUCUGUGUAUCCCGUACUUUUUAUAAUUUCACCAAACUUUGUCUUAACAGUCUUAUGUCCUGUCCUACCUUCUUCUCUCUACAGUAUGUCACAUUUUGUGCGUUUGUGUCACACUCUCUCCCCACUUUGUUUACCUUUAACAUCUCCUCCAUAACUGCUUGUCCACUGCCUUGCUGCCAAACCUUAAGUGCAUCUUAACACGGAAGUUUAAUGCAAACAUACGUUCAAAACCUUCGUUUACUAAUCCUACUAAAAUUACAUAGUCUAACACUAGACCAAAGUCACAGCCUGUGGUUUUAGCCGUCACUCAUUUCUAAUCAUGUAUUUCUGACAGAAUUCAUAUUUAAUUUAUCAGGCGAGAUUAGGGUAAUCAUUUUGUCGAUCCUUAAGUCUUUGAAGUUGUCAUGAAGGUAAUCAAAAUUGUGAUACCAUCUGUAAAUAUGUACGCCGUUACUAUGUAUUAUAUUUUUUAAAUCUGUCAUUGUUUUUGUUUUCUAUUUGUGUGUUUUCCAUUUGCAGUGUCUACUAAUGUCCUCUAGUCUUGUCCUGCUGAAUGAGUGUUAACAUUUUUAGUAUUUUAGGAAGAUAUUUUUUGAGGACCCUUUGCUUAAAGCAUACCAGUAUAAUAUAGUAUCAAACAUUAAAAACCUGUGUAGGAGCCCUAUCCCACCUUUGUGACUUUAUGCAAAUGUCAUACAUGUUCACUAACCCUAACACAUCUUUAGUUCUAUCUUCCCUGACUUCAGGUUCUACUAAACAUGUUUGUUAUCUAAUUGAUAUUUUUAUAUUUAUCAUCAGAGCACUGCAAUGGUCACUUUAAACCUUACAGCCCUCUCUAUCGGAUGCUUACAACGUCGGCAAUUCAGGAAAUUCAGCUCAAUUUGCUGUUAACCUCACCGUCAUGAUGAUAUGAGUUAAGAUCUUAUGCUGAAAGUUCAUGGUUGAGAAAGAAUUUUUAAUGGAUCAAAAGCAGUUUGUUUUUUGUCAUCUGAUGCUGUGAUGACCAUCAUAGGUAAAUUCCCCUCUCUGUCCAUCCUCAACAGUGGGGUCAGCUGCAGACCCCACUGUCGUUUCCUAAGGACACUUAAACAAAACAGAUCUAGGCCAAAACAGGAGCUUGAACCUGGAUCUUCUGGUUCAGGUUCCCUUGAGACUUGCAGACCUGCAGCCCAGUAGUACAUUGUACAUAUGCCUUAAGUAAAGUGGUGCCAUUUGUGUUAUUAUGGCCAGUUAUAGCAGCAACUAGGAGCAGCUCUCAUAAAGGUCUAGCUUGUGGAACUAAAGGUAAAUGUGGUGUAAAGUAUAGCUUUAGCCUUCUAUCGUUGCAAUGGGAAUACCACAGUGUAAUUAAGAGAUAACUGUAUUGAAAUGCUGAACUGUGUAUCAAUAUUGGAUUUUUGAUGAAAGCUUAAUGUGAAGAUAUAUGGACGAGAUGCUAAACAGUUAGAUUACUAAUUGUCAAGUGUUGUCAGCUUGUACUUCAGGGAAAGGGAUGUUUAUGAUUUGAUAUUUAAAGUUAAUACCAAACAAUGCAUUGGAAGGAAAUCUCUUACAUUGUAUAUUAGUUGUUUCUCAUCUUAGUGUCACCCAGAAUGAUAUGCUAGAGAAGGUUUAGGAGCUAGCUCUGAAGUGUUGGUUCCUAAAAAGUAUUCCAACUUGCCUUAUACCCUAACCCUAUCACACUGUCACCCUCUACCUCACCAUAAGCUCUGGGGCUGGGUAUUCAAAACAUGUUUAUGUUGGCACUGUAUCUUUUUUGUAUCAGCGUACAUUUUAAGGCAUCAAAAGCUACUUCAACAUUUAAGAAUCUUACAAUCACUACACUACUGCAAGCAUUAGAUUUAUCCAAGAACAGUCCUGUCUGAAGGUACAUUUUAUUCAUUUGAAGAUGAGUACUACUAUUAUUAUGCAUGCACUGAUACCUGACACACUUUUACUGUAAUUUAAUCUCGCAAAUGCAUAUGUUUUCAGUCAGGACACUGUAUGCUGCUUUACUGUGGAAUUACCAAAGCAGGAGGAGAUUACCUGUUGGUUAGCUAUAGAAAAGGAAAUAUAUUUGUUUUAAGUGUAAUGAUACUCUGAAGUGGCACUACAUAUGGGUAUAGAUGUAUUUAUACAGUAUAUAUUUGAUAUUUGAUACAGUAGCACUGUUUGCUUCACAAGUCACUAUUAACAACUCCACUAACUCUUACUAUCAGCAACCCCAGUGUUUCAUUAUAAAUGUAUUUAAGCUGUAGUCAGUUUAGUAGAGUUUUCUGUUAUUUCAACUCCUGCUGUAGUUUGCUGGUGAAGUUCUGCCAAAAUGAAACAUGAAACCACUUUGUUGCUUUUUAAUUACUGUCUGUGCACUUCAGGAAAUUUGUGUUUUUAAGAAAAUGUUAUUCUACAAUCCUGUGAACAAUAAACUUGUCAUUAAAUUGCAAAAUAGAAACCACUUCUUUACUGUUUCUGAAAACAGAGUGGUCGUAUCCUAAAUUCUACUGCUGUAUGUUACUUAUUAGUCUUACUUGCUGAAGUAUUAUUUCUGUUUACACAUCCGUUUUGUUCUUUGUAUUUUUGUUCCUGUUUUUAUUUUUAUUUUCAUCAAUGGGGAAGUUGUGUUGCUCUAGCAUUGUAACUGCAUUAUGUUUUUAUGGGGACUCCAUGAAGCUCUCACAUGCAUGGUGGGGUCCUAAUAAAGUUUUCUUUCUAAACAUU